GGGGGGGCGGGGCCUGCGUGGUGACGCCACGGCGCCGUGCCCCUGCUGUGGCUGAAAGCAGAGACGGAGACCCCGUGUAGUUGCCAACGCCCGUUGAAGACGGCGCCUGUAGGGGAGGCGAUACUGUAAUACAUUGGAUAAAGUGUGAAGGUGGAGAUUCCAGUGACGUACAACUAUGCAGACUAUUAAAUGUGUUGUAGUUGGUGAUGGUGCUGUUGGUAAAACAUGUCUCUUAAUCUCCUAUACAACAAACAAAUUUCCAUCAGAGUAUGUUCCUACGGUAUUUGAUAACUAUGCUGUAACAGUUAUGAUUGGUGGUGAACCAUAUACCUUAGGACUGUUUGACACUGCAGGUCAGGAAGACUAUGACCGAUUACGACCACUGAGCUAUCCACAGACUGAUGUUUUCCUUGUGUGCUUUUCUGUUGUGUCACCAUCUUCAUUUGAAAAUGUUAAAGAAAAGUGGGUACCUGAGAUAACUCACCACUGUCCAAAGACUCCAUUCCUGCUUGUUGGGACUCAGAUUGAUCUAAGGGAUGACUCCUCAACCAUCGAGAAACUUGCCAAGAACAAACAGAAGCCCAUCAUCCUGGAUAAUGCUGAAAAACUGGCCAAGGACCUGAAAGCGGUCAAAUAUGUGGAGUGUUCCGCUCUGACACAAAAAGGACUAAAGAAUGUAUUUGACGAAGCGAUAUUGGCAGCCCUGGAGCCACCAGAACCCAAGAAGAAAAGACGCCCUUGUUCACUGUUAUGAACAGUGUCUGCAGGCUGACAUAUUGAAGCAUUGUUUAAAAAAAAAUCAUCUUGCAAUAACACCCUGCACACAACCACGAGUGCGAUGUUGGGAGGAAUAGAAUAGCCAAUGGUAAAUUUUCCCCCUUCUGAUGUAACAUUUAAGUAGUCAAUGAAUUUUUUGUUCGAUUUAUUUUCCACUGGAUACUUAUCCAUAAACUAGGUUUUAAUCUGCUGUUCUAAAAUUCCUUACCACAAACCUGAGACUUGCACAGUAAUUGCUUCUGUUUAAUGAUCAACUAAUGGCUUUUUAAGAUGUUGCCACACUCCCAAGUGCCACAUCCAACAACUUAGGACCAUUGUUCUACCUUUUGUUGUCGUCGAGCUGAAUUAGUCCUAUUAUCACCAGACUUUAAAAAAAAAUUGGGGCCCAUGUAUCUUUUGUGGUGAUUUUUAGUGGCAAUAUUUUGGCUAAUUUAUCACUUUACUUCAAAUUGCUCCCACCAGUGCUUUACACUGCUUUUAUAAAAUGUUCUCUCCAGCUGCAACCCAUGUUUGGAAUCUCACCAUUGCCACAGUUCAAAGCUGGAUAUGAAACCUUACUGAAUUUGAUUUAAUUUUGCUGCAGUCCCAGUGACACUGCAGGAAGACUUUAGACUAAGCUAGGUAUUGGAUCUGAAAUCUGUUGGACUCUGCCAGAUGCUUGAGCAGCUAAAAGGCUGUUGAUGGACUGUUGUGCUUGGGAGUGGUGUGGGAGAUACUUGUAAGUGCAGACUGGAUUCCUGUGGGAAUAAUAAAUGCUAAGGAUCCUUUGUAGAAUUCAGUGUUAAAAUUUUUACCAAAUCUUUUGAUUUUUUUUUUCCAUUUGAUGUGUCAUGUUCCAUCGUCCUUGUAACUUUUUUGGUUUAAAACAAAAGCUUUAUUUCAUGUUGAGUUCUUUGUAUAUGCAUUUUCAAAAUAUUAAACUUGUACCUUAAUGGCCUUUAUUGAUGAGUUGUAUUGAGAUUGAUUGCCACUUGGCUCAUAAAAGCUAUGCUGUAUGAAGACUUUGAGUAAAUUAAAUGACAUUGGCUUUGUUCUGCAUCUGUGUACACUGGUCAUGUUCAGGCGAGAUUGCCAGCUAAAAUUUAAUCUUCUAACUGGUGUUUGGGGGUUUAGCAAAUGAUGCCUGGCUAUUUAAUGGCCAGCAUCAAUGCUGGCAAGUCUGACUAAGCUACCCAGUUAGGUAUGCAUUUUUUUUUUUAGCUACAGUCUUAAUCUAGAAGUAAAUGAUUCUUAACUCUGAAGAGAAAGCAUGUUCAAACUGAGGUAAGUCUGAACUCCAUGUUUGCUUCACUCAUACUACAUAAAGCGGUCUAAACUUGCACACCAUGCUUUGCUAAAAACAAUAGGUGGAAUGAGAUUAAGGCAACAAUGAAGCUUUUGGCAAACUUAAAGACACAGCCAUAACUACAAACACUUCCAAGUAAGAUUCAUGUGAGUAAUAGUAACUGAAUGUUGAAACACUUCAGUCUCACCUGGCAUUUGCUUUAAAUGGAGCAGCUAUUCUGAAUUAGAGUGCACAUUGAUGACACUAGGUGCUACAAUAAUCAUGCAACCUUCCAAAUGAAACCAUGUGCCAUGCAAUAUUAAUAUUUAUUGCCAAUAGCGACUCCCUGGGAAAGGGACUUGAUUUAGAGUAGGGAAUUGAUAUACUAGUCACACAUGGUGGGUUGCAGAGUAAGGACCUAAAGUAGACAAUGCAGCAAACUGCAUAGAUGCCAACUGUUGCUUAAAGUUACGUUUGAAAAGCUGAAAUGGCCUUCCAUAGUGCUUUUAAGUUGACUUAUAAUGUAUUUCAUUUUCAGCAGCCCUUUUGUAUGGGAUCUGGUGCAAGUGGUAGUGACUAAGUUUAAAUACUUAAGUUGCACACCAGAUUUCUGUCCCUUGCAAGUAUACGUUUGUAUGAAGACCUACAGGCCAUUGAUAAAUGGCAUUCCAUACAUUUUACCAGAAUGGAUAGAUCUCAAAUUGCAUUCACAUUGGAAUUUUAAUGUGGUUCUUUGUUUUGAUCACAACAAGCAUCGUAGUUGUUUGCACAUGAAGAACGACAGCAAAUGCUGUCAUCAGGACCUGUAACACCAGCACUGGAAAAUAUUGAAUGACACCCACUAUUUCACCCUUUAACCACCACAAUAGACUUUAUGGAACACUGAUCUUGUGUAGCUCUUAGUGAAAGUCUGGAGAUUCUAGCUGUAAGGUAUCUGUAUGGAAACAUUUGUCUUGAAGCCUAGUGAUAAUUCUAGUCUUAUGUAGCAUGUAAGUAAUGUAUUUUUCCUACUCAACAUUAAAAUGGUACAUUUUAA